UGUCUCUGGUCUGACUGAUACCAACGAACGUUAUUUAACCAACUCGCGCCUCGGCUCCCCGGAAGAUCCUUGGAUUGCCCGGGCUGAAGUCCUAAGCACCGUGCGCGCCUUGCCCUGUUCACUAAUUACUCCAGGUGCCUUUUCGGCCCGUCGAUCUUCACGCGGAUGCAUGCUAACCUCCUACUCCCGCAUCCACUCUCAUUAAUCCCCCGACCUCCACUUCACCGUCUAGCCUACACAUCACUUCUACCACACUUGCUGCUUUGCGCCCAGGUCUCUCCAAGUGCUGUACGCCUACACCUUCAAUUCUACCAACCUCAAUUCCAAGGUGACAGCAACUGCACCACCUUUGCGCAGGUUCAAUGACCGUUACAACUUCUGCAUCACUGUGAUAGCUUACCGAGCCGUGUCCAAGUGCUCGGCUUCACCAUCAGUUAAUCCUGCUACCAUGUCUGGGGAAGCCCACAAAGCUUUCGAGUAUCUGAAGGAAAAGGUCCCAGAAUGGAUCGAAAAUCUAGAAGCACUUCGUGCUCGUGUCGCAGAGAAACACCGUCAUGCUCUGCGGGCUUCAACAGCUCCAAGGAAGAAGAAACGCACAGGAUCCAUGGACUCGUUACGACCUGACGAGAACGAUGCCGUGUCCUCCAUUCCCACCAGAAUAGUGCUGGCUCCUCAACCGCUGUCUACUACGCCUCUAGCACCUUCGACCAACAAUCUCACCAAGCGCAAACGCGACGCCAAGUCAAUCACGUCAGGUCACAUCUCUGGUCCGCCAAAAUAUCGUAUGCGGCAACAAAUGGUUGUUGUAUACUACGACAGCGAGAUUCAAAAGUCUUUUGAGACCCUGGUACGAAACAUCACCACAGGAAGAAGCAUGCUGCGCAAAGGCAAGAUGGCUGCCAAAAUGGAAGCGCUUAUGUACGCCAUGGAUGUAGAUGACUCCACCUCUGGUGAUAAUGAUGAAGACCCGAACGCAAAGAUCGACAUUCGUUCGAACUUGACUGGCUUCAGGAUCACUCGCUCCAUUCGAGCUGUUCCUAGUCCCUUGCGUAACGCAGGCUCUUCUAGCGAUGACUUCGACUCCGCCGACAAGGACCUCGAGACAGCCCAAAGUCUAUGCGAACGCGGUGCUCACCAAUUUCUUCGAGAUGGUGACUGUUCUCCGGAAUUGGAAGGCUCCGAAGCGAGCUUUAAGAAGAUCUUGGCGCUGAGCGAGAUACUUGUCGCACGACAAAGAGCAAAAGAGUAGGAAGCUAGGUCACGGCAAAAGACGCAACAACAGCAGGAGCCAUUAACUCUUCCAGUACCGACACAAACAACAUCAUUGCCAUGUCGGACGCCUGGUCCGAUCGAGGAGAAGCGCAUCUCAUUUCACCGCCCGGACCUUCUCGC